CAAAACUGUAUACACUGUACUAACUAGUGUUCGUAAAUAAAAGCGGUGACUUUAUUAUAACAUGAUUUUUAGAUAAUUUUUAUUAAUAAGCUGUAUCUUUGCUUGUCAGUGAAUGUAAUAUAAUGCAAUGUAAUGUAAGGUAAAGGCACUUAAGGGUAAUUCUGUAGUGCACCAAAAACACUGUAGAUAAGUGUAGGGAAGUCAGUAGGGUUUUAUGGAAAAGAGUGCAUGGAGGGGAAAAAAAUAAACAUGGCGCAGAUAAGCACUGGGCUGGAAGGUGGGUUUGAGGGUAGGCGCGCGCUUGUGAAAGCAGAGCUGUGUGCCUGUUUCCCCGCAUUCCUAUGAUGUGACACCUCAAAGGCUCUGCCUCAGUGUGCAGACUGCUCACAGUGCACGCAGUGUGCUCUCUGCUCACUGCACAGCCUGGGAUCUCUCUUUAAAGUCAGAAGAAACCUGAAAGCCUGUUGUGCUGUCUUUAACGUUAACACCACAGAGACGCUUUAAGAGGUCUUGCUGAAGUGAGCUUUUGCAGGCCAUCAGAUCUUGAGAGAAGAGUUUGGAGAAGACAGGGCUGAGCAUUACACAACCUGGGAGUGCCACUCCUUAUUUUGGAACUAAAUUUUCCUUCUGCUUCCAGCAAAAGUGACUCUUUUGGAACCGAAACAGUUUUUAAAAAUCCCUCUAUCCAGCUUUGACAGCCAAAGCUCUGUGAUUGAGUGCUUAGUGAUAUGAGGGUUUGUGUGGAGGAACAGGUGGGAAUUGGACUACCUAGCAUCUCUGUAUCUUCGGAGAAGGCUGCUGUGAUUCUGGGAGUCAGAAUGGAGGCGAGAGUGGCUUCUUCUUCAUUGACAAAAUACAGAAAUCAGAUGCUGUCUUUUGGUUAUGAGGCACAUGAGAGAAGAAACUCUGAGCCACUCAUCCCUUGUUCAUGUUCACAUCAUCUACAUCUAGCAGAGGAUUGCUGUGACUCUAAAUCAUCUGAACAGAUACGUAUGGACUGUGGUGCAAGAAGCACUUUGGACACCAGAUCCAAGAGCUUGGACAGCCUGGACUAUGUACACAAAGACUGCUGUUGCAGCACAGUUUUAUGCCGCCGGGUGGAGGGAUUGUGUUGCAGCCAGCCGUGCAGCACAUGUGGGCCAGUGGAAACAGACGGGUACUGCCAAGAGGCCUCCUUUCAAAGUGGAGGCUGGGAAACAGGGUUUCCGAGGAGAACAGAGGGGUUUUCUUCUGCCGCGAUGCGGCUCGCUGGAGAGUCGCCAAGCCUGGAUGAGGAGAGGCUCGGCACCAGGAGAAUCAGCUUACCCACGCCGUUCGUGUCGGGCUUCCACUGCACGUGUGCCUAUGGUGCAAGGCUGGAAGCAGGAACUCAGGACCGAGUAAAUUUGAAUUCUGCCCGUUGCCACAACGGUGUCUUCUCAAGCCUGGAGAGGCUCAACAAGAGAUCCAAAGUAAGGUGCUUGAAGAUGCCCUGCCAGGCUUCCACAACCUCAAAGCCUUCCUUGGCUCACCAACACAGCGAUGGUGAGGCUACAGCCUCAGAUAGUGAGUUUGCUCACAAGAAGGAGCGGUCCACUGUCCUGGUCCGGAGGUACCUGAAGAACAACCAGAAGGUCUUGAAGAAGGUGUGCACUGGCACCAGAGCGAUUGUGAGGACCGGUCACAUGUCAGACAGAGCAUGGCAGGCUGCUUAUGGAAGAAAAUGUCGUUUGAGCAAGGACUGUACCUUUGUAGACAUGGAAUACAGCAGAGUCCUCCAGGCCAUCCAGCUGCAGGUCUCCAGGGCUCUUCUCUCCUAUAUAGGGGUCAGACUGGAGCAGCUCCAGCAUGCUUUUCCUGCUCUGAAUGCUGAGGUUCACCUCCUGCACCCUUCCAGGAAGCUGCUGGCUCGGGUGGUAGCAUGGCUACCAGCCUCUGUGCAGCACACUGAGUACCGCGCCUGCUCCUGUCGGACUAGCUUAGCAGCCCACCUGAGCGGAGCCCUGCUGGAGGCCACGGCUGCCAUCACCACCAGCACACCCAUGUUCAAAGAACGCCAGCUGUGUGGCUCCAUGGCCAGCUCCGGUUCGCUCUCAUCUGGCGUGACAGGGAUCAGUAAGGAGCUGGCCGACCUGCGGCAGCUCAUCCAGUUCCCAGAGGAGAUCGCCAGCAUCCUGACGGAGCAGGAGCAGCAGCUGUACCGCCGUGUGCUCCCACUCGACUACCUGUGCUUCCUCACACGCGACCUGGCCAGCCCCGAGUGCCACAAGAGCCACCCACAUCUCAAGGCCUCGCUAUCAGCGCCUGUCAUGCCUACCCAGAGUUCCCAGCACAACGUGGUAGAGGACCUAGUUGCGCGCUUCAAUGAGGUCAGUUCGUGGGUAACCUGGCUUAUCCUGACUGCUGGCUCAAUGGAGGAGAAGAGAGAAGUCUUUUCAUACCUUGUUCAUGUAGCCAAAUGCUGCUGGAAUAUGGGCAACUACAAUGCCGUGAUGGAGUUCUUGGCAGGUCUUAGAUCUCGCAAAGUUUUGAAGAUGUGGCAGUUCAUGGACCAAGCAGACAUUGAGACCAUGCGAGGCCUGAAGGACGCCAUGGCCCAGCACGAAUCCUCGUCAGAAUACAAGAAGGUGGUGAAUCGCGCCCUCAACAUCCCCGGCUGUAAAGUAGUGCCCUUUUGUGGAGUGUUCCUCAAGGAGCUUAGCGAGGCUCUCGACGGAGCGGCGAGCUUGAUUGGGCUGCGUCCUGCUUUCGAUUCUCAAGAGGACUCAAUCGAGUUUGUGUCUGAUUACAACGGGCAGCAGCAUUUCCUGCAGAGAGCGGGAGCUGAUGGGCUGCACAGCUCGGAGAAGGAGGCCACCGUCAGCAACAUCCUGCAGACCAUCCGCAGCUGCAAUCGCAGCCUGGAGGCCGACGAGCCAGAGGACGCCUUCAGAGACAGGAGCAAGAACCAAUUUCUAGUAGGAGACCUUUCUGAUUCAGAAGGGGAUUUGACCGAGCAGCCGCGAGAGUCGGACCUGCAGAGCCCAGAGGAACCUGAAGGCGCUUUCAGUCAUGGGACCGAGGUGGUGCCCUGGUACGUACUCUCACUAUCUGCUGAUAUGCAUCGCUUCCUGCUGCAGGGUGCCACCGUCAUCCACUACGAGCAGGAGAGCCACUUCACAGCCCGCUGCCUGCUGCGCCUGCAGCCUGACAACUCCACCCUGACAUGGAUCAAACCCCCGAGCAGCCGGAGCAGGGGCAUCGUACCAGACUCUCUCCUUCAGGGCCAGGCGGUUGUGUGUGGCCUCACUGAGGGAGUCCUCGACCUGAGUGCCGUCAAGGCUGUGUUUAUGGGCCAUCCGGGGAUCGAUAUCAAUGUAGUGCGCAUACAGCAUAAGCUAUGUGGUCUAAGUGCUGAGGAGAAUGGAGUCACACUGCUCUACGGGCUGCACACCACCGACAACAGGCUGCUGCACUUCGUGGCACCGCGACACACAGCAUCCGUGCUGUACGAGGGCCUGCGGGAGCUGAUUAGUGCCAUCAGGAAGAUGAAGAGGUUCCCGGACCAGAGGUUGCAGUGGCUACGUAGGCAGUACGUCAGCCUCUACCAGGAGGAUGGUAAAUUUGAAGGACCGACGCUGGCUCAGGCCAUCGAGCUGUUCGGGGGUCGGCGCUGGAACAUGGGCUCAGCCAGUAGAAGCACGGAGAAGACCACCGCUCAGAAGAACAGCCCACUGGGCAUCAGCUCCAAUGCCAAGAAGAAGAAAAAAGCCCUCGUGAGGGGGGACAGUGGGGAUGGAACUGAUGAUGAGAUGAUCUCACGCAAGACAAAAAGCUGCAAGGAAGCCCUGAGCAGGAGGUCUUCAGAUCCAUUAGACAGCGUGGAGCAGGAGGAGAAUGAUGACUCCAGCCCCUUUGGAAACCCUGGAUUCUCCUUCUCAUCUAGCACCAAAACCCAGUCCCCUGGAACUUCUUCCUUCUCCUCCCCCUCGUGCUCAUCUUCUGUAAACAGCUCUACCCCCACCCGGCCGCACUCCUCCCCCGUCCUCCCCUGCACCUCCAAAAGCCAACCGGGGGCAUGGAGCAGCAGAAGUUGGCAUGGGCGGGGAAAAGGCUGCUUCCGUGGUUUCCAGAACCUCAUGAUCUCAGACAGCAUCAUGAGCUUCGUCGAGUUUGUGGAGCUCUUCAAGUCAUUCAGUAUUCGUAGUCGGAAGGAUAUAAAGGAACUGUUUGACACGUAUGCUGUGCCCUGCACUCGCUCAGGCCCGGAUUCAGUGCCUCUUUACACCACACUGAGAAUCGACGACAAAAUAACAGGGCUUCAGCCCGACCUAGACCUGCUGACCCGCAACGGCUCUGACCUCGGCCUGUUCAUCCGCACCCGCCAGCAGAUGUCAGAGAACCAGAAGCAGAUUUCAGACGCCAUUGCCGCUGCUAGCAUCGUGACCAACGGCACAGGCGUUGAACACUCUUCACUGGGUGUGCUGGGCCUCGCCAUCCCGCAGCUCAAUGACUUCCUGGUCAACUGCCAGCGAGAACACCUGACCUACGAUGAGAUCCUGACCAUCAUCCAGAAAUUCGAGCCUUCUUCGAGCAUGCGCCAGAUGGGCUGGAUGUCCUUUGAGGGCUUUGCCAGGUUCCUCAUGGACAAGGACAACUUUGCCUCCAAAAACGAAGAGUCUCAAGUGAACUCGGAUGAGCUGCAGUACCCGCUUUCAUACUACUACAUAGAAUCAUCACACAACACGUACCUCACCGGCCACCAGCUGAAAGGAGAGUCCUCGGUGGAGCUGUACAGUCAGGUGCUGCUGCAGGGAUGCAGGAGUGUCGAGCUAGACUGCUGGGAUGGCGACGAUGGCAUGCCGGUUAUUUACCAUGGGCACACUCUAACCACCAAAAUCCCCUUCAAGGAUGUGGUGGAAGCCAUCAAUCGCUCUGCGUUCGUGAACUCCGAGAUGCCCGUCAUCCUGUCCAUUGAGAACCACUGCUCUCUGCUUCAGCAGCGCAAAAUGGCCGAGAUCUUCAAGGUGGUGUUCGGAGACAAGCUGGUAACCAAGUUUCUCUUUGAGAGCGAUUUCUCUGAUGACCCACUGCUCCCCUCACCUUGGCAGCUCAGGGGCAAGAUCUUACUCAAGAACAAGAAACUAAAGGCACAUCAGGCCCCUGUGGAUAUCCUAAAGCAAAAGGCACUUCAGCUAGCACACAUGCAAGCGCAAGCCAAUAACUGCACAGUCGCCGCUGGUUCUCUUGGCAACAACGAAGAGGAAGAGGAGGAGGAAGACGAGUAUGACUACGACUAUGAGUCACUGUCUGAUGCUGAUGUCCUCAAUGCUUCCACUGCCUCUUAUAGCCAGGAAGAUAACAUCCUGGAUGACAAGCCGGAGGGGAAGUCGUCGACCGAAAAGCUGCAGUACGAGUCCAACGACGAGAUGCCAAAGAGGAUUAAGAAAGCAGGGAGUAAGGGAAAGAUGUUUGACAUGGAGCUGGGGGAGGAGUUCUAUCUGCCACAGAACGAGAAAGAAAGCAGGCAGAUUGCACAGGAGCUCUCAGACCUUGUCAUCUACUGCCAAGCAAUCAAAUUCCCAGGCCUCUCCACCCUCUCCCCAUCAGGCUCUAGCAGAGGAAAGGAGCGCAAAAGUCGAAAAUCCAUCUUUGGCAACGCCCCAGUCCGUGGGAGCCCUGGUGAGCCGGUGACGCUGGUGCGCGGCUCAGGGAAAGCUGGUAUGGAUGGCACAAGGGCAAGCUGGGAGGAGCAGACGAUGCCAGCGCCAGGCACGACGCCUUCGUUGAGCGCCAUCAUCCGCACACCCAAGUGUUAUCAUAUCUCAUCGGUGAAUGAGAACGCUGCCAAGCGUCUGUGUCGUCGUUACUCUGCCAAACUGAUUGGGCACACGGAGCGCCAGCUGCUGCGCACCUACCCUGCUGCCACCCGCAUCGACUCUGCCAACCCCAACCCCCUCUGCUUCUGGCUGCAUGGCAUCCAACUCGUCGCCCUCAACUACCAGACCGACGAUCUGCCCAUGCAGCUGAAUGCUGCUCUGUUCGAGGUGAAUGGUCACUGCGGCUUUGUCCUGAAGCCAUCUGUGCUAUGGGAUCGUACCUGCUAUCUGUACCAGCAGUUCGGCCCGCUGGAGCGAGACCUGGAGCACAUGAGCCCUACUUUCUACUCUCUUACUGUGGUAUCUGGGCAGAACGUGUGCCCGGGGAACAGCAAUGGCAGCCCGUGUGUGGAGGUGGAGGUACUUGGCCUGCCAGCUGACGCUUGCCAUUUCCGCACUAAGCCCAUCCAUCGCAACACACUCAACCCCAUGUGGAGCGAGAGCUUCUCCUUCCAGGUGCACUUCGAAGACCUGGCAUUCCUACGCCUGGCUGUAGUGGAGAAUAACAGCUCACAGGUCACGGCGCAGAGGAUCCUGCCGCUGAAGGCGCUCAAACCUGGCUACAGACACCUGCAGCUGAGGAAUCAGCACAAUGAGGCACUGGAGGUCUCCACCCUCUUCCUGUUCAGCCGCAGGACAGAGGAGAGUCCUGAUGGUGGAGCACGACCUGCCGCUGUGUUGUUUAGCUCGGAGGAGAGGCGAACGGCGCAGCAGCACAAGGUGACUGUGCACGGAGCUCCAGGACCUGAACCUUUUACUGUGAUCAGCGUGAAAGAACACACCACAGCGAAGCAGUUACUUAACAUGCUGGUUCCAGAUGCCUCUGCUGACUACUUCCUGAUGGAAGAGAAGAUACCACUCUCUAAGGAAAAGUGUGAUGCGAAGAAAGUUCCUCAACAGCGCCCUCUAGCGUCCGACGAGAGGGUUCUCAAAGUGCUGCACAGCUGGCAGCCUGAGGACGGCUACAUGGGCCGCAUAUGCCUUAAAGCCAAGGAGGAGAAUCUGAAUGAGAAGAACGGAGUGAUGGAGCGAGUGGAGGAAGUUAACAGUGGAGGAGAGGACGACGUGUUCUUUGUUCAGGUUCAUGAUGUUUCUCCAGAGCAGCCUCGCACGGUUAUUAAAGCUCCACGCUACAGCACUGCACAGGACAUCAUUCAGCAGGCACUAAGCAAAGCCAAGUACUCGGUCAGCAUCCUGAGCAACCCGAACGCCAGCGAUUACGUGCUGAUGGAGGAGGUGGGCCGCGAAGCACCUGGGAAGAAGGUGUCUUCAGCUAAACCCACUCAACGUGUGCUGCCCGAUCAUGAGUGUGUGUUCCAGGCCCAGAGCAAGUGGAAGGGCCCUGGCAAGUUCAUCCUCAAACUCAAGGAGCAGAUUGCGCGUGAGGAUAAGAGGAAGUGCGUGUCGUUUGCCAGUGAGCUUUGGAAGCUGACGGGCCGCAGUCGCAGCGUGACGAUGAACGGGCCCGGCUCGAGCGAGGCAGCACACAGUAAGGAGGAGCGCGGCGCUCCGCCUCCACCCGACGCCUUGGACUGAACGCACGCCUGCCGAUGUGUGUGUGUUUGUGUGUGCACUGCAUGGAGUCCUGGCCAGGUAGGGGAGCUUUGGAACACCAGUGGACACCAGGCGCAGAUCAAACCGCUUAACACUGAAUUCUGGCCUAAAAGCUUUCCAGCCUCUGUCAGCCUCUUUUCCUCUAACUUGUGCUGAUUAUUUGAUUACGUGAUUAGCUGCACUUACUUCCUGCUUCUGAUGGGAUAAGUUCUGUCGGGUCUGUUGGCUUCUUAAAUCAAAGCCAUUACGCAAGUGUUGUGUAAUUUGGAAAGCAUGUGCAGUUGUGCUGGAAACUCGGUUCAGAAGGCUAGUUUAAUCUCAGCAGCGUUGGGUAAACUGCUUAAAAAAAAAUAAAAAUGUAUUGAGUACACUUCAAGCUCCAUGGCAACAGCAGGUGAACUACCCCGAAGCUACAUCCACUGCUGAUAUUCUGCUAAUUACAAAACAUCCACUACUUUUAGAGCUUUGCUGGCUGUAAGGUGAAUUGCAGUUACAAUGAAAACACCCUUCUUCCUGCUCGAAACUACAUGUCUUGAAGGGAAAAGGGGGAAGAGGUGAGCAGGAAGGAGUGCAGCUAAUUUCUGACCCAUGUGAUGUCUCACUUUCUCAGAGCAUCUUACUGUAUGAUGUAUGUAAUGAAUAAAACAUGACGGGGUGUUCUGUUACAGGAAAAUAAUCAACUGUGAUGCGGCCCGAUGCACAUCCUAAAGGGUUUUAUUCCUCUUAUACCACAGCAGUUUACCGAGUUACUUCCCGUUAUCACGCGUUAUAGCACCUAUAAACAGUCGUUCCCUCACCGGCCUUUCUUCCUCUCUUCCAGUUCAUAAGACAAAAAUAUGCAGCUUGCCAUGUUACUGAGAAACCGGAAAGCACAAAGCCCUCCAUCCGGAAGACUGAAAACUUAAAAUAACAGCUUUACAGCUCUGACUGAGCCAAAACGCUAGCGUCGAUAAGACUCCUUCCAAAAAUAAUAUGAAUAAUUAGAAUAAAUGUCUCCUCACAGGAAACUACAUCAUAUCAACAAUUACACACAUUUUUAAAAAAAAAAUCCAUUUAUGUGGCCAGAAUUCAUCCGCCAAGUUCCGGUAUAAGUUGUUACUAUAGAAAUGAUAACACAAGAGCAUUAAGAUAAACCUAUCGUUAUGUUUAUACAGUACUGUGCAAAAGUCUUGUGGCUGGUUCUGCAUGAUGCUCAGUAAAACUUACGAGCUAAUUUCCUGCACAAAUUGUACCUGAGACUACUAUUUUUUUAAAGCAAAGGGUCGUCACACCAAAUAUUGACUUUUUCAUUUAUUACUGUUUACUGCUCUUUAUAGUAUUUUUUUUUUAAAUGUAGGAACAUUUAAUUUCAUUCUAUUUGAAGGCAUCUUUGCUCCACAGCAUUUCUUUGCAUGUGCCUAAGACUUUUGCACAGUACUGUAUAUUACCUUUCAGUGUCUCAGUGAAAAUCGAGAACUCAACAACUCUGUGGUAUAAAAAUUACAGACUGCAUCUUUAAUUAACCCUCAGUAGUGCUGUGUAAUGAGAGAUUUUGCAGUGAUGUGUGUGUUUAACCUUGCAGCCCGUUUUUUUUUUAUCCAAUCCCC